AAACGACUUCUUGAAUUUUGUUUUUCUGACCGCCUCAACCCUCUUAUUAUUACUGAAGAUUUGUAUGAUAAAAUUCACAAGAUUCUAUGGGAAAUCGUAGAGCCACCUAUAAUUAUUCUCGAUAAAAAUUUUAAAUCCAAAGAAAUUCAAGUGUUCAAUCCAAGAUAUCCGACAUAUGUACUGUCGGUUUCUGAGUCGAUUCAAAAUUUAAAAACGCUAUUCGAUAAAUUAAAAUCAACAACAACGUGGAGUGUGGAAUCUUUCUUUUUUAUCGUUGAAGUAAACAAUUUUUGUGACAACGCUAAUGAAGUUCUCAAAUUGUUAUGGAAAAUGGAUUUACUCUCAUCUUUUUAUUUGUGUCAAGAAUCUGACUCUUACAAUUUGACAAUCUACAAUUACAACCCAUUUACCAACUAUGUACCAUAUCCAUGGAGAAGUGCUGAAACAACUGGUCAAAAAAUUACUGAGAAGGGAACACUAUUUCAUCAACAUUUUGAUAAUGAUCGGAACGUUUGUCACAACAUUACCUUUGACAAAUCUAAAACGCUAGGCAAUCAUAAAAUUAAGACAACGAUGGCAUAUCCAGUACAAAAUGCUACUCGUGAUGAUGUGAUUGAUAUUAGCAAUUUUACAAAUAUUGUGAAUCCAAGAAUAUCAUCCGUAUCUUCUUUUUUCGAUUUGUUGAAUAUCACACCAUCUUGA